AUGCAGGUGAUAACAUGCGCGUUGUUUACGCUCGUCACUCUCACUGUGAGUACCGCGGCGGAGGCUGACUCCUGCCCUGCUGUCUGCGAGUGCUCUGAAUGGAAAACGCACACAAUCUCCUGCUUUGACAUUGAUAUUCUCCCUAGGUUUCCAGCAAGCACAGAGACACUAUGGCUUUUUGAAACCCGCCUGACAUCAAUGCCAGCAGACGCCUUUGCCAACCUGUUCAACAUCUCAAGGAUAUAUAUAAUGGUGGAUGUAACACUGCAGAGGUUGGAGAGGCACUCGUUCCACAGCCUGAGGACAAUCACCCACAUAGAAAUACGUAAUGCAAAAAGUCUGACCUACAUUGACCCAGAAGCCUUUAAACAUCUACCGAAUCUCAAAUACCUGGGAAUUUUCAAUACCGGCCUUACCUUCCUCCCUGACUUGAGCAACAUCCACUCGAAUGACAUGAACUUCAUACUUGAAAUUGCCGAUCAUCCCUACAUCACUGAUAUCCCGGCCAACUCAUUCCGUGGCAUCACCAGCGACGUGCUGACAGUGAUGCUGUAUGGAAAUGGCUUCAGAGAAAUCCAUCAUCAUGCCUUCAAUGGGACUAAACUGGAUCAAGUGGACCUUCACAGGAAUAAGUAUCUUACCAAGAUGGAUGAAAGGGCUUUUGGGGGCACCAUCAGCGGCCCCAUGCUUCUAGACGUGUCCCAAACUGGGAUCGACUCCCUGCCAGCCACAGGUAUGGAUUCUCUCCGGAAGCUGAAGGCGCGCAAUGCCUGGGCCCUCAAGAAACUGCCACCCAUCAAAACCUUCAAGCACCUCACCAUCGCCAAUCUCACCUACCCCAGCCACUGCUGCGGCUUCAAAAACCUCAAAAAGAAACGAGGCUAUUUGGAGUACAUCCUCUGUAACUUGACUGCUUUCUACGACCAGCACAAUCACUCUGUGGGGCCCCUCAGCAUGCCUUCCCUCCAAGGGGAUGGUGUUGUGGAAACAAUCCCAGACCAGGAGCCAAGUGACGGAAGCCACAGAGACUCCCAGCAAGACUGGAGUAGAGGUGACUUCCAUGGAAGCCUCCACUACCACGCCUACUUUGGGGGUCAGCCAGAUGAGGAUGUGGGUUUCGGAGAGACCCUCAAGAACCCCCAGGAGGACACCAGCCAAGACUUUGACGGCCGUUACGAUUAUGUGGUGUGUGAGGAGGGAGAGGAAGUGACAUGUGUACCAGUGCCCGAUGAGUUCAAUCCUUGUGAGGACAUAAUGGGCUUUGGCUUCCUGCGAGUGUCUGUGUGGUUUGUGAGUCUGCUGGCUGUUCUGGGAAAUGUGGUGGUGCUCCUGGUUCUGCUCACCAGUCACUACAAGCUCUCGGUCUCCCGCUUCCUCAUGUGUCACUUGGCCUUUGCAGAUCUGUGCAUGGGGAUUUAUUUGCUUCUUAUCGCCUCUGUGGACCUCCACACGAGAGCUGAGUACUUCAACCAUGCCAUAGACUGGCAGACGGGCCCUGGUUGUGGCCUCGCAGGGUUUUUUACGGUCUUCGCCAGCGAGUUGUCUGUCUAUACUUUAACGGUGAUCACCCUGGAGAGGUGGUACGCUAUCACCUUUGCUAUGCGAUUGGAUCGUAAGCUGCGUCUGCACCACGCAGCAGCCGUGAUGCUAGGCGGCUGGAUCUUCUGUCUCCUUCUGGCCCUGCUCCCAUUGGUCGGGGUGAGCAGUUACCAGAAGGUCAGUAUAUGUCUCCCAAUGGACACUCAGUCCACAGUGUCUCAGAUCUUCAUCUUGUUAGUGCUGGUCCUCAACAUCCUCGCCUUUCUUGUAAUUUGCGCAUGCUAUUUUAAGAUCUACUGUGCCGUGCAUAAUCCUCACUACCGUUCAGGAUCCAAGGAUACCAACAUUGCCAAGCGCAUGGCUGUCCUCAUCUUUACUGACUUCUUAUGUAUGGCGCCUAUAUCUUUCUACGCUAUGUCAGCCGUUCUGGAUCGACCGCUUAUCACAGUCUCCAACUCUAAGAUUUUAUUGGUCCUGUUCUACCCGCUCAAUUCCUGUGCCAACCCAUUCCUUUACGCCAUCUUCACUAAGGCCUUCAGAGGGGACAUAUUCAUCCUCCUCAGUAAAGUGGGUCUUUGUCAGCAAAGAGCACAGCUGUUCAGAGGCCAGACGGUGUCGUCAAAGGGCAGCAGCGGGACGUCUCCGGUCCGUAGGGACAAGGAUAAGGUUAGGAAAGGCGGAAGCGGAGGCCAGGAAGAGGUGCCCAUCCUCCUGAAGAAGAGCUCCGGACAUACCUGCCACCAUGAAGUCUGCCAGCAGAAGACCCCUGAGGAGAGCCAGAGCCUGAAAACGUGAGGCAAACACCAGCUGGAGCAAGUAAAGCAAGACGGGUUCAGGUGGGGAGGAGAGGCCUUGAAGUGUUUGUGGACAGAACUGUUUGGAUAUUUAACAGAAAACUCUGCUUCAGUUUCCAGGCCAAGUUCAGCUGUUUUCACAAUUUCGGCUGUGAUGAUUUUAUGGUUCCAGUUGUUGGACAAUAUCAAGUCACUGAAAUGCGAGCCGGACUUCAUCUCACUCAAAGUCUUUUGUAUUUGGAGGGAUGGGCUAGAGAAGGACAGCAAUUAUUCUAAGGAAAGAUAGUACAGAUAUUGUAUUGGAUGAUAAGAUAUAUUAAUAGAUAAAUACUCAAACCCACUUAUAUAUGAUUUUUUUUCAGGAUUUCAGGAUCUUUAAUUAACUUUAAUUUCAAAUAAUCUCUGCGCUGUCUAGCAUUGAUAAAGGGAAUAAAACCUAUUUUUUGAAACACUUAAUUAUCCUGCAAUAUUAUGACCUUUUGGAGGUGCCUUUUUCAUUCUUUGUUUUUGUCUUCAAGGACAGCCUGCUGGCUCAGUGCUGUUCCACAGUGGAAACUUUACCCUGAAAUGUAA